UGUUACCACCUCCAUCUGAAUGUGGUUCUGGAAUGUGUAAGCUGAUGCUCCAGCAAGAAUUGGAUCAGGUUUCAAGCACCUUAUUUGUAAAGCAGGCUGGGAGUUUGUCACAAACUCAAAAGCAGCAUUUUUUGUGAAUGACAUAGCACUGUGUUUCCUGCACUACUAUUCCAGCAAACAAAAAGCCACGCAGCUCCCCCUUUUUUCAUACUUAGUUACCCUACAAAUAGACGUUGUCUCCUUGACAACUUCUUUCCUACAGCUGUUUCAAACAACAGUUAAGGUUUUGGCACAGUAGGUUUCGACUUGUGAGGUAGCAGCAGCAGAAGGGAGAUGAUAGGAUACAGCCAGUCCAGAUAUUGCCUCUUGAAUAGAGGCAAAUCCUGCCUGAAAGCGGGGGGGGACUUGGAACACCUUGCAUCCAGAGCAGCAGCAAUCCUGUGGGCAUGUACCAGGAGGUUUUAUGUAACAGCUGAUACCUUUUUGAGUACAUUAAUAUGUAAAUCAAUUGAGAAGCAUACUUAGCAUUUUAAUUAAUUCGAUUUUAAGGUUAGCAUUCUCCUGAGAUGAGUACUUGUUGGAGAUGGUGCAGAAAAGUCAGGGGGCGGCUGUUUAUGUGCAAGGUUUUAAUUGAAUUUGAUUGUGGCUAUUAAGGUUAAAAAAUUACUAAGAACUUAGGUUCUGAGGCACACUCAUUGGACAGGGAAGAGAAUCUGAAGAAAUAGUUGCUAUGAUGGACAAGUUCUUCAGUACAUUUAUGCUAGCAGAGGUCUGUGUGGUUUGUUUAUUGCUGUAGGCAAGAACGUAGAAUCACAUGUAGCAGGUCUUACUAACACAUUGCAUGGGAAAACUGUGUCCUUCUUUUAAUUUGCUAAAGUCACAGGCUAGACUGAUCUGCCAGCAUCCCUGGUGUUCUUUCAUUUGUGGAUGUCACAGUGGUUUUUCUCCAGGUGUUCUCAUCAAGGGUCCCCUCCCAUAUCAUUCCAGCAGGCAAACGGCCAUGCUCUCUUCCUCUAAAACUGUCUAAUAUCCAAAAUAGCACUAGAAAAUCUUUUCAUUUAUUGUUCUCAUGACUGUAGCAUCUCUACCUGCAGUUGCAUUUUUGUUUGUUUAUUUUGCAUGGGAAAAGCUUUGUCCUUGUCACUUACCCAAAGCAUCUGUUCAGAGAUUCAAAUGGUUACUGUGUGGAGAGCCUGCAUUUCAUUUACAGAAUGGGCUGAGAAUAUACCCAGGGAGCAAAAGCUUCAGAACUUCUAUAGCAUUAUGAGGUGCUGCCCUAACUGUUACUGUAUGGACUCUUGGUCAGUAGCAUGGGAGAAGAGGAAGGACUACAUCAAGCACAAUUACUGAGGUUAAGCAUGCCAGUAGAAACUGAGGAGGAGCGAGGAGAAACUGCCUCUCCAGUAGGUGAAAUACAAGUGUUGAGAUGGUCGCUUCUGUGCAGAGCAGCGGCUCCUGACUUCCAUCAAGUUUGGCAUUUAAUGGGAACCAGGAGCUGGGAGCCCCUGCCUCUCUCAGGUGCCUCUCUGCGAAGCCAUGACUCAUGGACCUGCUCACUCCUGGUUCCUGAGUGUCGUCUUUGGGACCCUGUCCAUGUGUUCCUGACCCCUGUUGUACCACAAUGGCCAUUCUAUAACCUGGACACAAUGUUUAUGCGAGGACUGAAAAGAAAAUGUUUUGAUGGCGAAGAAGAUAUUGAAGGAACUCUGGCUGGUAUUAAGGCUAUUCCUUCAUAUAAUCUUCAGCGACAGUCACUUUUAGAUAUGUCCUUGGUUAAACUUCAGCUGUGUCACAUGCUGGUCGAACCUAACCUUUGUCGUUCGGUACUUAUAGCCAACACGGUACGCCAGAUCCAAGAGGAAAUGACCCAAGAUGGGACUUGGCAGAUGAUAAAUAUGCAGAAUACAGGCCAGGCAUCCGUGGAUCGCCUUGUUUCAACAGAUAUCCUCUGUCGCUCAUCUAGGGAGCAAGCUGAGGGAAAGCAUGUUCCAGGUUACAGUACUUUCAGUAAAGACUUUGAGGGUGACCAGGCACAAGAUAGUUCAGAAACUAUGUCAACAGCCUCUUCAGUGCAAGCUCUAAGAAACCUGCAAAGUAAUGUGUGGGAAAUGGAGAAUUCACAAGAAAAUAAAGGAAAUUUUCAAAAAUCAUUAGAUCAAAUAUUUGAGACACUGGAGAACAAAAGUCCUAAUUCAGUUGAAGACCUGUUUUCAGAAGUUGACAAUUCUUACUAUGAUCUUGAUACUAUGUUAACAGGCAUGAUGAGCAACACAAAAAUGGGACACUGUGAUGGGCUAGAACCGUUUCCUUCUCCAACAGCUACAACUUCUAGCUCUAAUUGUAAAUCUGAUCUUAACGAGCUUGAUCAUAUUGUAGAAAUCCUUGUUGAAUCCUGAAACUCCUUGUGUAGGAGAUAAAGAUCUGUUAAUGGAAAAAAAGACUCAAGAAAGCUAUUUCCACAGUUUGUUCUAUCAAAUCUGCACAUGUAUUUUACAAAUAUCUAUAUAUUAUAUAGAUAUAUAUAUUAAAAAAGCACUUCAUAUUGCAAAAUAGCGUUAACUCCUGAAGUUAACCUGCAACUUGUAGUGUAAUGAUCCAAUCUCUUGUCCACUGAACUGUAAGUAGAUACGGUAAAUGUUUUUAAGUAUGUGGUCCAAGGCUUUCAAAUUUGGGUUACUUCUACAAAUUUGUUCUAGCCUUUGACAGAGGAUAUGCUUAGUGAGAAGGAUUCUCUCAUCCUUCUUUUUUUUUUUUAUCGUUCUCCCACUGAAAACGGUAACAAACACAGUGAGAAGUUGGAUAACUGGCUUCCCAUUUUCCUCCAGUUUCCACUUUGCUACACCACAUAACUCCUAUAAUAUUUGCUGCUUCUGUUCUAAGUCGCUACAUGGCUCUUAAAGAGCAGUAUGCAAUAGUUCCCAUUAUUCUAGCUAGCUUCUUCUGGUUUUUGCUACAUUUUUUUACUUUAAAGAUAGUUUUAAAGUGUUUAUUGGUGUUUAGAAUUUUCCAGGUAUUUUCCUAAAAUAUAUUUUUACUACAGAUGUUGUGUCAGCUGCUAACUUAGCAACUUUUGAUCAUAUCUGCAGUUGAUGUAUUUUUUGAAAGGUUUUCAAAAAGGGAUUUUUUUUUUUUUACUGUGAGCUACCCGAUGUAGUUCAGUAAAGUGUAUGUAAAUGUAAAUAUACAAUUUUAUACUUUACAUUAAAAUGUAAGAGCUGUUUUCAUGAUUCUGUUUUAUAGAGUAGUACUUUACUAAAUUGAGAAUUGUACUAUUAUGCUUUUUAUACCCCAUAUACUUGGUUGUCAUUAGAGGAAGAGCUCUGAUCCAACUAGAGACAAUAACAUUUAAUUCAUUUCAGACCGUAUUUUUUCUUAACUACAAACCUAAAUUACAUAGGAUUUUAUUUAUGUGUAUUUAUAUGUAAAUGUCAUCAAGUGAAUUGUUUGUCGCUGAAAUCUACCAUCAAAUAUUUGUUUAUAUGAGUUAACUAUCUUGCACUAAUUACUACAAAAAGUGUUACUAGCGGCCUUUAAAUCUCAACUGGUAUGUCUCCAUGUUUUGUCAUGAUUAGUAUGCUCCACUCUUAAAUGAGUUUCCUCUUGCUUUUUUUUUUUUAAAUAACAAAA